AUGGGGAUCCCCUAUUCUUCCAAGGAUUACAGUGUGAUGCAGUCCACGUCUUCUCACAAGACUUUCAAGAUCGAGCAAUUCCUGGAGAAGAAACUAAAGCAGAAUCGUGCCAUCCCCCAGUGGAUUCAAAUGAACACUGGUAAUAAAAUCAGAUACAAUUCCAAGAGGAGACAUGUAACAAGAACCAAGCUGGGUCUAUAG